UCUGAACUUUUGUCAGAUGAUCACGAACUGACUUCACCCCCUUGUGUGGCAGCGAAAAACAUGACAUUCAACAAAAGCGAGGAAAAAAACUUCAACAGUGUCUGCAACAACAAUUUCUCACGGUCGAGCAACAAAUGCAACAGCAAAAAACACCUGAACAAUCCAAUAAUAAAGGACAAAGAUGUUGGCGGGGUUCCCAUCCGAAAGAAGUUCAAUCAUUCAAGUUGGUCACUCUCUGCAGAUGAAGAUUACAUAGUGUUUUGCUUUGGAAAGGAUGUGACACAAGAAAACAAAGAAGUCAAAGAUCUCAAUCUCAGAAGUUCAAGACCGGUGAACAGAAAGCUGAAAUAUGGUACGGAUGAAGAACAAGACAGUGUUUGGAACAUUCAUGACAAAAGUUCAAACUUUAGCCAGCAUCGUAAUGAUGAACAUGAUGGAGCUUCUGUAGUUCACUACCACCACCCUCAACUAUCCUUGCAUGGAAAGGAACGAGUGAUGGUACAAAUGGGCACACAGAAACAAAGGGACAGCAUAAAAAGGGCGUGUCACGUUGAGGGAAUUGAAGAAUCUGCAGAAUCGAGAAACUCUGACCAAUCUGAGAGCAGUAGAAGUUCUUUUGCCUUCCCUGUACUAUCUUGGGAAUGGAUUGGAAGCCCUGUACAAAUGCCAAAAUCAUCAGGUUUGCACCUGAGGAAGCACAAGUCGAGAGCUGUGACAUUUCAGUGUUGGAGAUUCUGAUUCCUGCUCAUUCUUUUAUUUUAUUAUUUUGUUCCUCAAGAAUGAAUUCUUUUAGUCAGCUACCAAAUUGUACUUUUUGUUCAUAGUCAAUCUCUUGUUAUGUA